AUGGUGCCUCCGACUCCUCUCUCACAGUACAUCUGGUCUUUCCAGUCAUUGAAUCGCAAAUGGUCCAGUCACGCCCAACCACGACAAGAUGACGACCAAAGCCCCCUCGCGAGUCGCUUGAUCGAUGUCCUUCGUAGUACAUGGGACCUAGGGUUUACCGCGUUCGGAGGUCCACCUGUUCAUUUCCAGAUACUCUAUGCCAGGUUCGUGGAGGGGCAAGGGGGAAAUGAAAAGUGGGUAGACGAGCAGACUUAUCAAGAACUCUUCGCCAUCUGUCAGGGCCUACCUGGCCCCGGCAGCACGAAGAUGUUAUUCUGUCUCGCCUUGCUCCAUGCGGGCUUCAUUCCCGCUCUCAUGGUGUUUGUCAUCUGGAGUCUCCCCGGUGCGAUCGGAAUGUAUGCUCUCUCAAUCGGUAUCCAAAACCUCAGCCAGACACUUCCUACCCCGGUCUACGCUCUUCUGACAGGACUUAAUGCUGCUACCGUCGGGAUUGUUGCGGUUUCUGCAGUUCAGUUAGCGGAGAAGGCUAUUCGCGACAAGAUCUCUCGCAUCUUGAUUAUUUUUGGUGCAUGCGCGGGUCUUUGCUACAACGCUUUGUGGUAUUUCCCCUUAUUGAUGCUGGGCGGCGGUCUGGUCAUCGUCAUCUGGGAUGGAUGGCUCUAUACGCAGGCACAGAAGGUCAAAGCAGCCUGGAGAAAUAGACAUAACCAACCUGCAUGUUCAGAAGAGGUGAACACAACCUCUGUGGAGAUGGGUCCUACUUCGCCUGGAGGAGCGGGGGGAGCGACCCAAUACGAUCAAGGAAAAAGGGCAGUAGCACUGAGUUCCGGUGGACCAUCGAAUUCACUACACACAACUGGGACUGACGCGAGCCAAUCGGUGAACUAUGUGAUUCGUAUUCGCACUGGGCUUGCCAUCGUAGUGGUCUUUUUUGCCUCCUUUAUCGCUAUCCUCGUCGCAAGAGGGCAACUGACCACACCUCCACUUGCACUCGAUCUAUUUACAAGCAUGUACCUCGCCGGAACGGUGAUCUUCGGCGGAGGCCCGGUCGUGAUUCCUCUUCUACGCUCCUACGUCGUCGCUCCAGGCUGGGUCUCCGGCCGAGACUUUCUAAUUGGUCUAGCUAUCAUCCAAGCAUUCCCGGGUCCGAACUUCAACUUCGCCGUAUUUCUGGGCGCACUUGCCCUGCAACAUUCGCGAUUCCCCACGGUCUUUGGAGCGAUACUCGGUUGGUUGGGUAUCUUUGUGCCGGGCCUUGUGUUGGCUGUUGCGUUCCAGAGUUUCUGGAGUGUGCUGCGGAGAAAGCAGUAUAUCAUUCAUUUUUUGAGGGGAGUUAAUGCGACAGCGGUUGGAUUGGUGUUUACGGCUGUCUAUCGGCUAUGGGAAAUUGGCUACCUGACCCCAAAGAACAGUGCGGGACAAAGUCUGGCCAUUGAGCCGUGGUGGGUGGUCGUCACCACUAUAUCGUAUUCGGGGAACGCGUGGUUCAAAUUGCCUCCAGCUCUGUCUAUCAUCAUUGGUGCUAUCCUGGGUUUGUGUUGGUACGGAGCUGUAGGACGGUAA